AUUGAUGAAAUGUCUCGUCAGUCUCAGAAGCACUAUGAUGAGCUGAAAAGUGUCAAGGAGGAGAUUGCUGAACUAACUCGCUAUGCCCAACGUGUUAAUGGGGAGAUUGAAGCCUUGAAGAACCAGCGAGCUGUUCUGGAGAAUGCUGUGACACUGGCUGAAGAGAAAGGGGAGCAAGCUCUGCAAAGUGCCAAGGGCACCAUCCAAGACCUGGAGGAGGCACUGAGGCGUGCCAAGCAAGACAUGGCCUGCAAAGUGAGAGAAUACCAAGAGCUGAUGAACAUCAAGCUUGCUCUUGAUAUUGAAAUUGCUACCUACAGAAAAUUGCUGGAAGGCGAGGAGAACCGGUGA